GACGCGGGCUGUCGGCCGCCGGGCGCGGGGCGUGCCGAGCGGCGCCACCAGUUUGGAUCUAUAAAACUCUAUCUUUCGUUCUAACGUCAUUAGUCACCAUUGGCUGCUUCAUCAUAUGUCGCGCGGCACCGGGCCGAGCCGCCCGCCUGCAUUAAUGCCGCAAACCUGAUUUGUGGCCUGUAUCGGCGGCGACGGCGGCCGGUUCGGAGGCGCAGCGGCGCCCGGCGGCCGCGACCCCAUGGAGGGCUACCAGGUGCGGACGCCCGGCCUGGCCGACGACAGGGACAAGCGCAAGGUGGACGACUUCUCGGGCCUGUACGGCCUGGACAACACGCUCCGGCCGCACCCAGAGCACGCAGGAGGCGAGGGAGCGUUCAAGAAGCUGAAGACGGAGGGUGGCUCGGGCGGCGUGGCUGCCGGCCACAGCCCCACCACGUCCGCCUGCCCGACACCUGCCCGCAGGCGACACCGCACCACCUUCUCACAGGAGCAGCUGCAGCAGCUGGAGGCGGCGUUCGCCAAGUCACAUUACCCCGACAUCUACUGUCGGGAGGAACUAGCCAGAACCACCAAACUCAAUGAGGCACGCAUUCAGGUAGCGCCAGCAGCGCCGCCAGCAGCCGGCCGUCCGCAUGGCGCCGUGGAGUGA